AGUCGGGACGGGAACAGCGAGACUGUGUCUGCGCGGGCGGGGGUUCCGCGUUUCAAGUUUCUCGCCGCCAAGUUGUUUUUUUGUGUGUGUGUGUGUGCGCGUGGUUUGGUUUUUUUUUCGUUUUCAUUCCCCGUUUCUCCGCUCGAGGUGUGGUUUGGCGAGCGGCCGCCCCGGCACAGGCAGCCGGAUGCCCGCGCUCGGGGGUGAGGCGGGACGGGGCCGCUUUCCGCAGCCCACCCCGCGCAGGUGAGGCGGGUCCCGCAAGCAUGGCUGGCUGUUCUCCGCAGACGGCCGUCCUGCCGUCCUCCGGAAGAAAAGCUAAAGCACCUCCUCCUCCAUCUGAAGCCAGAACGGUCACUGAUUGUCCAUUUGAUGACACAGAAUCAGCCAACAUCAUCAUGGAACAGAAAGAGAAUGUAAUUGAUAAAGACAUUGAACUGUCAGUGGUCCUGCCAGGAGAUGUGAUCAAAUACACUACGGUUAAUGGGAGGAAGCCCAUGAUGGACUUGCUGAUCUUUCUCUGUGCACAGUAUCAUUUAAACCCCUCAAGUUACACAAUAGAGUUGAUAUCAGCAGAAAACAGCCAGAUUAAAUUCAAACCUAAUACACCAGUGGGAAUGCUUGAAGUGGAAAAGGUCAUUCUGAAACCAAAACAAGUGGAUAAGAAGAAACCUGCUCCAGUGAUACCAGAGCAAACAGUAAGAGUAGUGAUAAACUACAAGAAGACACAGAAGACGGUAGUAAGAGUUAGUCCAUAUUCACCUCUUCAAGAACUCAUACCAAUUAUCUGUAGUAAAUGUGAAUUUGAUCCUUCAAACACUGUUUUACUGAAGAAUUAUCAGUCUCAAGAAGCACUUGAUGUGACAAAAUCUCUUAAUGAUCUUGGCCUAAGAGAAUUAUAUGCCAUGGAUAUCAGUCGAGCCACAUCACCAGUUGACUUAAACUUGCCAUCCUUGAAAGACUCCUAUCGUGUGUCUGAAAACUCAGAUGUUUUAAAAGAGAAAGAAAACAAAGGGUUUUUCAGCUUUUUUCAACGAAGCAAGAAAAAAAGAGAACAAACUGCCAGUGCCCCAGCAACUCCAUUAAUGAGCAAGCCAAGGCCAACAUUUACCACGAGAUCUAGCAGUGUUAGCAAGCAGUAUGAUUCCAACACUCUGCCAUCUGAAAUGCCGAAAAAACGGAGAGCUCCUCUACCACCUAUACCAAAUUCUCAGAGUGCCCCCCAGGAACUUGCAGAAGUCAGGACAGAAGCUGGUACUGUGAAAUCUAACAGCCUUGACAGAAACGAACAGGCCCCUUCGGGAUUAGUAAGAAAAGGUUCUCUGCCGCUCAGUGACACAGCUUCUGUGAACUCUCUACGGAGGAUGAAGCGCAAAGCACCCUCACCACCCUCUAGAACACCAGAAGAUCAAAGUGAAAGCAGUAAUGAGACUGUAACAGAGUCAACAGAAUCAGUCCUUACUGAAGUGGAAGGAAGAGCUGGUGAAAUGCAGUCUGAAACAGGUGCAAGGACCUCAGAAUACAGUCUGGAAGAAAUUGAUGAAAAGGAAGAGAUGUGUGUGCAGGAGGGAGAAGAAAAUGGAAGUAUAGAUACCGCUCUCAGGACAGGAGAGUCUACUGCAGCCUUCAGCUCUACAGAGGUACCACUGGAAACUGAAAGAAAUGAUCGUGCUUCAUCAGUUCCUGUUCCUGGCACUGUUUCUGUAGACAACUCACAAAGCUUCAAGGAAGAAAAGCAAGAAAAUAUGAGCACAGAUGGCAAAGAACUACAGACUCAGAUAAGCAGUGACCAAGCUGCAUUUGAGAUAGACAGGAAGCUUAGAAUUUUGGAACAAAAUAAAAAUUAUGAUCACAGUGAUAGAACACUUCUUACAACAAAUGAAGAAGGGGGAGAAGAGCAAACAGCAGAAAUUAAAGCAGUAGAUUUCAGGGAAAGCAAACUUGAAGUUGACAGACUAUCAAACUGCCAAGUGUCUAAAAAUGACAUUGCCAUAAGUCAUAGGAAUUACACUCAACUGAUUCCAGGAAAGCAAGAUCAGAAAGCAAGUCAAACCAACCUGGACACCGUAAAAACUCAGGAUGUUGCAAUUCAGACAGGUCCAUUGGUUAGCAAUUUGGAAAGGACUGUGCAGAAAGAAAUGUUUGUCCCCCAAGACUAUGAAUCAUCCACAUUCAAAGGAAUGGUCCUUCAACACAAUACAGACACAAACAACCCUGGUGUUCGGGUGAUGCAAGGAAUAUGUAAGAAUGAAGAAACUUCAACAGAAGAAAAUCUUCAGAGACAAGAAGUUUCAUAUGAAAAAACGAUACCCAUGAAAGAUGAAAUUCAUAUUUGUACAAAUGGCAGUAAUGUUACUUCGCCAGAAACAAUUACAAAAACUCCAGAUGGGUCUCCUAUAAGGGGUUACCCUCUUUAUAGACAAGACAUGAAACCUAAACCUAAGCCUGCUAAUGAAAUUACAAGAGAUUACAUACCAAAAAUUGGAAUGACUACUUACAAAAUUGUGCCUCCUCCAAAAUCCUUGGAAACAAUGAAGAGCUGGGAAUCAGAAGCUAGAGAUUGUAAGGAUCAAGAGGUAACUGCUUCCAAAAACUCUCUGAAGUAUGAAGACGCCAAAGAAUUCAUCAUGCAAACUGAAAUUCCUCAUCUUCCAAAAAGUACAGGUCACUUACAGACUGGUCUGCAAAAUAUACCUGCUGCAAAAAAUGAUCUGCUGCACAGAGUGAACAGCAUUUCUGAACAUGGGGUGCCAUCUGGAGCUAGGGUUACCACUGAGGUCAAUCAAAUAGAAACAGUGUCUUCUAAACAGCAUGUUCCACUAAUGCUAAGCUUAAGUAAUUCAAAUACUUCUUCUGAGACUCAGGAGAAGUCAAAUGCACUAAGUCCUACAACUAAGCCUAGUUCUUUUUAUCUGCAGAUGCAGCGCAGAGUUUCAGGUCAUUAUGUAUCAUCUGCAAUUGCCAGAAGUACCAUUUGUGCUCCUAAUUCCAUUCAAAAUGAAGUUAAAAAUACAGAGAUGAAAAAAAAUAUCUCAUCACCUGAUGAAACUUCUUCAUUACAUACAACAAGUAGCUCCUCUUCUCCAGCAGAUGAAGACAAGGAUGAUGAUGGGAAAAAACUUGAAUCCUCCAUUUCUCCUGUUAAAAACAAUAAACCACCCAGUUUUCCCUCCUGUCAGCCAGCACCAUUGAACCUAAAAACUCUAAGAACUUUUGCAGUUCCAAAGCCAUACUCCAGUUCGAGGCCAUCCCCUUUUGCACUUGCUGUCUCCUCAGCAGUCAAAAGAUCACAGUCAUUCAAUAAAACGCGUACAACCUCUAGCCUGGCACCAAGAGAAGAAUUUCCUGUUGAACUCUCAUCUGCCUCUUCUACAGCUGAAUUCUCCUCAGCUGCCUCCAUGCCUCAAGUGAAAAACCCUUCCUUACACAGCAUCACGGGAGGGCCACAGUAUAGUCUAAUGGAUAAGAAAAGCAGCAAUGUGAGCAAUAAUGAGCAACAGAUUCAGGCACAGUCAGGUGCUUCAGCUGACCACUCACGCCCUGUCAUUAUGAGACAAACCUCAAUGCCAGUCCAGCGCUCUGACCCAGAACAGAUCCACCAGAGCUUGCUGGCUGCAAUCCGCUCUGGAGAAGCCGCUGCCAGAUUGAAAAGGGUUGGUCCUCCAUCAAACGCUGCAUCUGUCAAUGGGAGAGCCAGGCGUAACCAUUUGUAUUCCACAGAAGCGAAAGCGAAUCGCUAGAUAUUAUACCCAAUAUUUUGCACUUUACUGCUCCUUCAUAGGCCACCCUAACAGUAACUACCAGUUUUUGAAAGUGAUUAGUAUAUUUUUAUCAGUUGGUAUAGGAAUAUGACACUGGGUUCCUUUGAUGCCUUGGAAAAGAUUAUUAGAAUAUGUAAAUUAUGGUAAUAAUUUUCUCUAUAUAAAGCUGAUUAUGCUGCUAAAAAGGUUUAAGAGAAGGUGCAGAUGAGCUCUGCUUAUGUGGGAAUGAAUGUCAAAAAUUUGUUGAUUUCAGCCUUCAAGACAGAGCAAAUGUAGCAGUAUGCUGAAAUUACAGAUAUAAAGCAAUCUAAGGAUUUUAGAUCAUUAAUUUUCAGUUGCAUAUUACUUUAACAGAUUGUAUGAAUUUAAAUCUACCACAUGCUGCCUCCAUAUUACUUUGUUAAAUUAAAUUUGUAAUUAGUAGAAAACUAUAUGUGAUAAACUAUAUGUGAUACUUUUGUUUCUCUUUAAAAAAAAAAAAAAAAAAAAGGAAAAAAAAAAAGAAAAAGAUGUUGUUCUUGCAGCUGAUGUAGUUGGGAUAAGUAUUUUGGUUUUAAAUCUCCUUGAAUUUUUUCCUGGUAGGAUAUAUUAAAGAAAAAAAAAAUCAGGGCAUAAAUUAUUGGCAAUUUUUGUACUACUUAAACUUUUCUUAACAUUAGCACUACAUGAUGUUUCCAAUCUUCUCUUUGAGUAAUUGUAUAUACUGUUUCCCUAGCACUCAGAUGAACAACGCCUUUUGUGAACUAGAUAUAUUUUUAAAUGUUCAUCAGUAUACAGUCACUUAUGGAUAAAAUGCAAAUUCCAAUUUUGAUACUUAAUGAAAUUUUAAAAAUGUAUAAUUGGAUAUUUGAAUAAGAAUGAACUUUGCACUUGUUCAUAUAAAAUAUUUUAAUCUUAAAACAGCAUGAUAAUACACUUAUAAAGCAUUCUUGUGUCAGAGAGCUUCUAUUUAUAGAGACUAAGCGUUAAAUACCAAAAUUGGAAUGAAUAUAUAUAUAAAUAUAUAAAAAGAAAAUGUUUCCUAUUAUAUUUUAUCUAUUUUUCAUUUCUUGUCAAGAUGAGACUUUUUGGGAGAGUGGAUAUUGGCUCACGUUCAUGAUGAAAUAGCUAGAUUAUGGAUAUGCCGCUGGGAUAUUUGCCAUAUUAAAAUAUUUUCUUGCUGGAUUUGAUUUAAAUAAAAAUAAUUAUAUUUA